AGGUAGGAGGAGAUGGCCAGCCACGCGAAGGUCUACACCCUAGAUGAGGUCUCCACGCACAACUCCUCCGAGGACUGUUGGCUCGUCAUCCACGGCAAGGUUUAUGAUGUUACCAAAUUCUUACAAGAUCACCCUGGAGGAGAUGAAGUUUUGCUCUUAGCCACUGGGAAAGAUGCAACUCUUGAUUUUGAAGAUGUUGGUCAUAGCACCUCUGCCAAGGCAUCGAUGGAUGAGUAUUAUGUUGGAGAAAUUGAUACUGCUACAAUCCCAAAGGAAGUACUCGACACUCCUACCAAACAGCCAAACCAUACCAAACAGCCAAACCAUAACCCGGGCAAGACAUCCGACUUUAUUGUCAACAUCCUCCGAGUUUUAGUUCCUCUUCUUAUCUUGGGUUAUGCUAUCGGCGUCAGAUACUACUCAAAAUCAGCUUAA